AUGAAGAGAAAGGUAUGUCAGACUUCUGAAAUUGACGACCAGAACAAAUCGAUAAAAUUAGAGUCAGUGGAUCGAAUUAGUGAGUUGUCAGAUGAUAUUAUUUCAAGCAUAUUGUCCCUCUUGCCGAUAAAGGAAGCCGAAGCUACUAGUAUUCUCUCUAGUCGAUGGCGGUAUAUGUGGGCAUUUUCAACUAGGAAUCUUUAUUUUGAUGCUGAAGAAUGUCUACGUGCCUUUCCGGCCCUCAGUCGAGAACUGAGGGACCAGAAAAGUCUCAGAUAUGUUGAUUGGGUCGAUCAUGUGGUGGAACAAUAUAGGGGAUCAGGCAUCGAACAAUUCAGGGUUUGCUUUCGUUUAAAUCGACGUUUUGCAAGUUCCAUUGAUAAAUGGAUUCAGUUUGCAUUGGAAAAGAGGACUCAGGUCCUUGUUUUGGAGCUCUUGCUGCUAAUUGAUGAGUCGUCUAGGAAAGAUUCUUAUACUUUUCCCCAGAAACUAUUAGAUCUAAACUACUCUAAUGGAUGCAUCGGUUUUGAGUCGCUCAAAGUUCUUGAAUUGAGGAAUGUUGAUGUGACUGAUGAAGUUGUUCAGCACUUCUUGUCCAAAUGUCCAGUUCUUGAACGACUAUCGAUAUGUUAUGCUACAAAUCUGGUCAAUUUUAAAGCCGCAGGUCCGUCAAUUGCGUUGAAGCAUUUGGUGAUCAAGAAUUGUUUUGCCUUGAAAAGCAUUGAGGUUUGUGACACUUCUGGUCUUGUUUCGUUUACUUUUGAUGGGUUUGGAGAUGAAAUAAGUUUGUCACUCUGUAAUCUACCACUUCUCGUUAGGAUUGAUGUAUCCAUACACUUCUGCGAGUUCCCUCUCAUCAGUGGUUCUUUCGGCCGACUCUCACUCUCACGUUCUCUUCCUCAGCUUGAGACCCUAGGGUUAGCGAUCCAUAGCUCCUAUUUGGACUUUAAGCGGUUCAAUGAUGUGUUUCCAAUUCCUACACUGCUACCAAAUCUAAAGCAUUUGGAAUUAGCAGUACUCGAAACAGAUGCUCAUGGUCUUCGAAAAUUAUAUUCCUUCUUGAAGGCAUCUCCUCAUUUGCAGAGACUUGUAUUACAGUGUGAAUUCUCAUUUAACGAGCAGCCCUUUGAUGAAUCAUUACAGCAAGCUGGUGAAUGCAAACAUCAUAAUCUUAAGGUGGUACAAGUGGUAGGAUAUCGUGCGAGAAAAAUUAUUGCCACGUGUGUCAACUACUUGAUAGAGAAUGUUUUAUCACUUGAGAAGAUUGUUAUUGAUCCUCGUCGACCAGGCUUUCAUUAUACUGGAAUGGGAAAGCGCAUUGAAGAGGUGGAGGAGGAAAGGAAGGCAAGAGAUCACGCAAUGCAUCAACUCAAGAAACAAGUGCCUUCAACUAUUGAAUGUCUAUGCAAUUAUGUAGACCUCGAGUAA